AUGGCGCCCAAGAUUCUCGUCGUCCUCACCAGUGUGGACAAGAUGGUCGGAAGCGGCCUCCCCACUGGCUGGUACCUGCCCGAGCUGGCUCACCCUUACGAGGUCCUGGAGCCCAAGGCAGAGCUCGUCUUCGCCUCCCCCAAGGGCGGCGUGGCCCCCAUAGACCAGGGCUCCGUCGAGAUGUUCAAGGCGGACCCGGUAUCGACCGAGUUCUACGCCAACAAGAAGUCCGUGUGGGAGAACACCAAGCCCCUCAAGGACUUUGCCGACCGCGUAUCCGAGUUCGACGCCGUCUUCUACCCCGGAGGCCACGGCCCCAUGUUCGACCUGGCCACCGAUGCCGUGUCCAUCAAGCUGAUUGAGGACUUCGUCAAGGCCGGCAAGCCCGUCGCCGCCGUCUGCCACGGCCCCGCCGUCUUCGUCAACGUCCCCGGCCUGCUCCAGGGCAAGGACGUCACCGGCUUCAGCAAUGCGGAGGAGGAAGCCGUCCAGCUCACCAGCAGCAUGCCCUUCCUGCUCGAGGACGCCAUCAAGAAGGCCGGGGCCACCUACGUCAAGGCUGCCGAGCCCUGGGCCGAGAAGGUCGUUACCUCCGGCCUCGUCAUCACCGGUCAGAACCCCGCCUCCGCAAAGGCCACCGGUGAGGCUCUCGCCAAGGCCCUCGGCCUCUAA